CACAGUCGUGCUCCUGUGACUCGGGUGAGCGCGCGUGAAAUUACAGUCGCUUUCUCAUUCUCGCGCUCUGAGGUAACAGUAGCAGGAGUCAGUCUGGGAGAAUCUGACUUGAGUCUUCCACACACAUCCACGGGAUAAAGAGCAACAGACUCGGGCUUUACACGGACAGACAACACUUCUGAAGGCUGCAGGUUUAAGUGUGUCACUGGACAGCAUGACGGAGGUGAUGAACAGCUGUGAGUCUGCUGUGGGAGACUUCAGCGCGUCUGAGGAACAGAACAUCUCCUUGCAGAUCUACCCAGACUCUCAUGAACGGUUCCCGAAGCUCUCCAAGCGGCUGCCGUCCAUCGUGGUUGAGCCGACUGAGAGCGGAGAGGUGGAGAGCGGUGAACUACGCUGGCCUCCUGAUGAUUUGAGCCCAACAGAUGACAGAGACAAACAGGCACAGGCUGCAUGUGAGAAGCUCACUGGUGAUGUCGAAGAGGUUGAAACGGCGACGGAAAACUAACGGGCGAUGGUUGGCACCGAUCCAGCCAAUCACUGUGAAUGUCUUCAUUGUGGACAGGAGUGAAUGGGAGACUCCACCGGUCAUCCACACUAGAGGCCUGAGAGACUGUCUUAACCGAAACGACUCACGUGCCAAACUCUAGUGCUAGUCAGCUGCUGUGAUAGAGUUGUAAAAAAACGGUCUCCAAUAAGUCACCCUAAAAUAUCGGCAUACAUAUUUAUUUGCUUCGGACCAAAGUCUUUCAUCCGCUCAUCUCAAAAGCACAUAAAUCGAUGUAUUAUAUCAGCAUACAUUACGCGAAAAUGGAUUUCAGAUAACAUGUAAAUCAACUACAGCGCAUAAUGGCUCUUUCCAACCGCACGCUAAAAGGCUUUUCUUUUCCACAUGCUUUACACACAUAAACAUUUGCACACAGUUUAAUUUUGCCACUCACAUUAUCUUUGGCAUUAGCUUAUUCAUGAGCUGCUGUAAGUGUAGCUUUCUUUGCCUUAGACAUUUGUUUGUAGUGACACUCAUAUUUGAAAUGACGUGGCUGUUUAUAUGUAUAUUGUGUUAAGCGUCAUAUGUAUCUGUCAGGCGAAACGCUUUGGUGUUUCGGAGUUUGUUGAAUCUCACUGUAUGGGUUACAAAUCUACUGCUCUGCUUUUGAUGUUUGAGUAUUAGUCCUAAAAUAUUCAUGAUCUGUCUGAGAAUGGGAAUGAACGCAGCACAGUAUCACUUCGCAUUAAAGGCAGUUGUUUCUAACA